CUACCACCAAAAAAGGAAUCGGAGAGAGCUUCUUAUCUUCCCACGAUUCAAAAACCUCUUCGAUGGAUGGAUGACAUGAUCUUUUUCAGGUUCAUCAUCUUACUCGUUAAACUCCUUUGACCUUUGAUAGGGAUUAAUUACGACCUACCUACUUCCCUACCUAGUCACGAUCCAACUCACACUUCUGCAUAAAGUUUUGCUGGCAAAAUAAAAAGGUUUCCUUCGGUCGGGUACAUCCCCAUUCGCUACUAGUACCCUCUGAAAGCCUCUAAGCCCUCUAAAGCAAACGCACUACCACACACUACCACACACUACCCAUACACUACUUUCUCACUUGUCGUACCUACCCUACCUAAAAAGUUACCACUUUUAACUUUUCGUUACGUUGGUUGUACUUGUAACUUGUACUCUGCUUCCAAAAAUUCAAGAAGUAAGUGACAAUGGACGACAAACCAUACAUACAGAGAUCCGCAGAGAUGCGAGAGACGCCUUCACCAUCACCAUUAGAUACAAACAUUCCAUCACCAACGUCGGAUCCAAAAUCAUCAACAACAGCAUCUAGAAGGACUUACGAUACAUCAUCUAGACCUACCGUGAGGAGAUUACAAACAAAUCGAACAUCUUCUGCAACAAAUAGUCCAAUAGGAUCACGAGAAUCUUCACCAGUCCGACCUCAACUAAGGAACACUACCUCCGCCGCUCGCUCAGGUACCCCCUCCAGAUCAAGGAAGAAUAGCCAAGACAUUAGUCCUUCACGAUCAACCAGUAACCAGUAUCCACCAUCCGCAGCUGCUUUACAACGAGUAUUAUCGGCUCAGAAGACUCCUCAUUUCAAUCACGUUGCAUCCGAAGCUUCCAUUAGAACACCAAUCCCUCAGAAGCCCCUGGUGACGAGUGAAGUAAGAGAUGGUGCACGUUGGCCUGUAUCCCCGAGAAUAAGAUCCCCUCCUCCUCCAAGACAGAAUAGCUUGUUAUCACCACGAAGGACCGAACCAGACUUUCCCGCGAUCAAUGUGCAAAGAACCUCUCCCACCGCAGAACCAAGAGUGGAAGGGAAAUCUGCCGCAGAUAGUGAACCAGAAGAGAAUCUGUUAACACCAGGGAUGAGAACACCUGCGAGAGGUGUUAGUGGUGGUAGUUCAACGUUAGAAACUGUUCAAGAGAUCAGUCAACCCAAUACUCCAUCAUUCGAACUCGAUGGCGCAAUCGAUGGAGGUCCUAAUGGGAACCCAACUCUACCAACAGGACAAGACCUCAUGGAUGGCGCAUCGGUGGACGUACUCAAGAAGCCGGUGAUUAUAACAACAAAUGAGAGUGGGAGUGAGAGUGGUGGGAAGGGAGACAACAAGAUGAAGAAUAUUACUCCUACGACAAGUCGACCUGGCCCACCCAAAUCAUUUAGUGGACCGUCAGCAGGGCGAGGGAAACCAUCUGGGGAAGGUUCUGCCAAAAAUAUGACCGUGGAGACGGAGACGGUUAGCUCCAUUCCACAAAUUGCUCUUGCUACCGGCGCGGGAGGAUUAGGAGCCAAUGGAAGCUUGCGAGCCAAACAAAGUACCGAGACCAUUCGACCUCGGAAGGAAAAGAAGAAAAGUCGCAAGGCCCCCUCGGUAGCUUCUGGAACGGGUGAGCAAUCAAUUUCAAGAUCCAGACUGUUACAUCAUCAUUCUACACGAUCAAUCUCAAGUGCAUAUUCCGCUCGGUCUCCAGACAAGGCGUGCGGACAAGGACCCUCGCCACGUAAAGGAAGUAUGGACUCGACGAGUCCCGAGCGGGCGGUAUCAGAGAGAUCUUCUCGUAGACCCAGUUUAAAUUUGUAUAGUGCUUCUCUUUUGCUAACCAGACAACGUCCAGCCUCUUCCAAAGCAGAUAUCUUCGAAGCCAAAGUCGCGAGCGCCGUUGACGAAGCGAAUUCCUCCGAUUCCGAAGAAACCUUUGUUUACGAAUCGAAUCCACCAGAACAAGAGAGACCUCGUCGAUUUCAUUCUCGAACCCCAAGUGCUACUUCCAUGGCCAGUCAAAUAGAUGCAAGAAAUGGAUUGCGCUCCAUGAUGGAUAAUGGUAGUCAUAGCGUGGCGAUGAAGAAGAGUAUGAAAUUCGCAAACUCUUCAUACAACAGUGCACCUCAAGAGAUGUCAACGGAAGACGAUGGAAAGGGUACAUCACGGAGUAAUCUGGGCCGAGGGACGGCACAUCAUCAUUUCAGUCGUUGGGGCCGGAAUGGAGGCAACGGUCAUGCAUCUCUUUUCGAUAACGAAUCACCUUUUCCUAAUGCCGCGAAAUCGAAGUUUUCAGCACUCCCCAACCGACAAGGCUCGAGACCUACAAGUCCUAGAGUGGUGAACUCGGCGAGAAUGUCGAACGCGAACGGCAAGAGGACCUCACCCAUCAGUUCGGGAUAUGAUCUUGAUGAUGCAGCGGACGAUGAAAGAACACCACUUAUUCCGUCCACGAUCCGUUCGGCCCGCUCAAGUCGCAUACGUCGUGGGAACGCCUCAUCAUCAAGACACAUCGAGCAUCAAAGACAAAACCGCUCAUUCUUCGCUCGGUUCGCCGGAUGCAUGUUUCUAUCCUUAUUAAUUCUGCUUGUUGUGGCAGGUGCUGUUGUGUUCUUGUUUGCGACAACUCAACCACUGGCGAAUGUGAAAGUAUUGGCUUUGAAAAAUAUACUCGCCAGCGAGCAAGAUGUGAUUAUAGAUUUACAAGUUAUUGCCCAGAAUCCAAAUCUGGUGGCCGUCACUAUCGACUCCAUGGAUAUGGUUAUCUUUGCAAAGUCCAAAUACGCCGGAACAGAUUCUGAAUGGUGGACACAGCCAUCUGGGAGGAUAUCAAUGAGACGUGGAACCAAACAAAAACGAGAUGAUCCAAUUGAUGAUCCACCGCUGGACGAUGAUCCAAAUACCAAUCCGAACUUGGAAAUUGGACACAUUUACGAUUUCGAGAGUCCACUGAUAUUUGAGGGGUCACCAUUCCAACGUAUAUCAUCUGUAGCUGUUGGAGAGAUGCGAAUACUAAAACCUGGCAACCAGACGGAGCCACGUGGAUCGGAACGUUGGGGACGAGUUCUUCAACAUGAGUUUGAACUCAUCGUCCGAGGUACAUUGAAAUACACACUUCCACUUAGCUCGAAAGCUAGAAGUGUAGGAGUGGAGGGUCGGGUCACAGUUAAACCAAAUGCAGCUGAUCAAGAUCCUGACAAUAUUCAUAUCAUUGACGGGACUCAUCACUUGUUCGAUUAGAGGAGUAAAUUUACUCCACCUUGCAGCACGGGUGGUGCAUCAACCACCAAAACAUUUCUUUUUUUUUUUCUCUCCUUUGCUUCUGUAAAUUGAGCGGUGCGUCAGUCACAUCAUAAAAACUCAAGGCGAAGGCGCUUUUCAUGGGGCUCAUGGCAGGCAAAGGCGAUGAAUAAAAAAUUUUUUUUUUUUCAUGUAACACACAAGAUGGGCAUUUCUCAUCUCUUUCUUUCGUUGGAUUAUACAAAACAGAAUCACCUGAACUUAGCGCUCUGAAUUGAUUUCGGGAUCAUGAACAUUCCCGAUAUACUGCGAUUAAAAGUAUUAAUCAACGAGUUUCCUUUGUCGAGUACAAUACGACAAUUUUUCCUGCUCAUCACACAUGAGAAGAUAUACCUUGCAACUGGCGAAAAUAUCAUGUCGACAUUUUUUCAUCUUUUACUAUUUGAUAUGGGAGGGUAUGGGGUAGGAUUGGCAUGGGGGUUUCUUUUGGGAGUAGGUGAUGGGAAGGUUGCAUUUGUCUUCUUCUUUUAAUUGGGAUGGGCGAAAAUGAAAUGAUCAUAGAUGUUUGUUUGUUCUGUCAUUGUGACAAGAAAUUCAUAUAGAUGGGAUUGGGCUUGGCUUGGCCUUUCUUGCAGAAGAAAUGGAUGAAAGAAAUAACGGCUCUUAUGAUUGCUCUGGAAGAAUUCGUGAUGGAUGUAAAGGGGUGGGGGAAAGGAAGUGGGGAAGAAAUGGUGUUGAAGAGUUGAAAGGGAUUGAAUGGUGGAGUGAUGAGAGAAGGAUAGAUGAAGGAAUUUGUACAAAGGAUAUGCAUGAAAAUGCUUGGUAGCUAGUAACUGGUAACUGGAAGGAAAAGGAAGCUUUUCGAUUAUUGAAAGUUUACCAACCUUAGUCAGACCAUAUGAAUUUGGCAGGAUGGAUGGGAAGUGGGAGAG